CGGACGAGGCGCGUACAGAGGUGCUGUUCUUCUUCUCUUUCACCCGCUUUGGAUUAUCACUGUGUUUUUCAUCAUGCUAGAAGUGGAAGUGAACGGGACGCCGGCCAGUCAGCUGUCCACUCCUCAUUCGGGAAUAUCUCCCAGCCCCUCCCCGACCAGCCCGGGCAGCCUCAACCAACGCAGGGGGUCCCAGGGUUCUUCCACCUCUCUGUCUUCCACUAAGGUGUCCAGCUCGGUGGAAGACGGAGAUGGACCGGUUACUGAAGCUGAGGUUUUAGUCGACGAGGUUCCAGCUGUGCCGUCCUACAUAUCCGACCGCUACAAGGUGGGGCGCAUGUUAGGAGAUGGGAACUUUGCAGUCGUCCGGGAAUGUGUGGAGCACUCUACAGGACGGGAGUACGCUCUGAAGAUCAUCAACAAGGGCAAAUGCAGAGGAAAGGAGCACAUGAUCCAGAACGAGGUGGCCAUCCUGCGCAGGGUCAAACAUCCAAAUGUCGUCCUGCUCAUAGAGGAGAUGGACACUUACAGCGAGCUCUAUCUUGUCAUGGAGCUGGUCAAGGGGGGAGAUCUGUUCGAUGCCAUCACCUCCGCCAACAGGUACACAGAGAGAGACGCCAGCGGCAUGCUCUACAAUCUGGCCAACGCCAUCAAAUACCUCCACAGCCUCAACAUUGUGCACAGAGACAUCAAACCAGAGAACCUGCUGGUGUAUGAGCAUGCAGACGGAAGCAAAAGCCUGAAACUGGGAGACUUCGGUUUGGCGACUGUGGUGGAUGGACCUCUCUACACUGUUUGUGGGACCCCGACAUAUGUAGCACCAGAAAUCAUCGCAGAAACAGGGUAUGGCCUUAAGGUGGACAUCUGGGCAGCUGGAGUCAUCACCUACAUCCUGCUGUGUGGUUUCCCACCCUUUAGAGGGAGCAGUGACGAUCAGGAAGUGCUUUUCGAUCAGAUCCUAAUGGGACAGCUAGAAUUUCCUUUGCCGUACUGGGACAACGUGUCAGAGACGGCAAUGGAGCUGAUUCGAUCCAUGCUGGAGGUGGAGGUGGAUCAGAGAUACACUGCCCUCCAGGUGCUCGAGCACCCUUGGGUCACUGAUGAGGGUCUUUGUGAGAAUGACCAUCAGUUGUCAGUAGCAGGGAAAAUAAAAAAGCACUUCAACACCAAUCCCAAGAGCAAUGACACCACUGCAGGAGUGUCCGUCAUUUCUCUGGAUGACAGCUUUUCUAUGCAGAGAUCUGGGUCGUUGGAUUUCUACCAGCACCCGGCCAUGUACUGGAUAAGGCCACCCCUCUUGAUAAGGAGGGGCAGAUUCUCAGACGAGGACGCCACCAGGAUGUGAAGCUAAUGUCUUUGCAGAUGAUACCGGCGGUGACAACAGUAAAAACAUCAAAAACGAAAUCUCUACGGGCGGAUCCUCCCAGUUGCCUCCCUGGCCUGCCCAUGGCCCUUCCCUCUCUGACCCCUGAUACUUUCUCUGACCCUUUCCUGAGUCCCAGCCUCCCUUCCGACUCUGAUGACAUCUCCAUCAGCUCAGCCAGUACCCCCUGCUCCCCUGACUCGCCCUUCUAGAGAGGAUGAGGAUGGGACGAAGAGGGAGAGGAAGAAGCGAGAAGGAGAAAUCCUCAUCCAGCUCCUCCCUCUAUAUGGAGGAGGAGGAGGAGGAGGAGGAGGAGGAGGAGGAGGAGGAGGAGGAGGAGGAGACGUCAGCUUCCCCACAGUCUCUUAUCUAAGGCUGGGGGUGAACAAGGGAAAACUGUGGAGGGAAAAACAACAACAAAUUAGAGAACACUUUUGGCUCACCUGAGUCCAUCUUUCCAAACCUUGAGGAGAGAUCGAUCAAUGGGUAGAAACAUACAGUAGAGAGUUUGGAGAAGGACUUAAGAGGCAACAAGAAACAUGAGGAAGAUAGAAAGAAAUGAAAACUUUUAUUUAUUUAUUUUUAACGUUCUCUCAUCCGAGCACAUGUUGCAGAGCUCAAGGAGCGAGAAAGGGGGUUCACCUUUCAGUGAUGAUCCGGGCUCGACAUGGAAACUUCAUUAUGGUGGAGCAGCUCUACAAGGCAAUAUGAGAAUAUGGACCAAUGUUCAUGUUUUAUUGAACCUUAUUUCUCCAUUCUUUAUUCACUGCAUUUUUAUAUGUAUUGCUCUUUUGCAUAAAGGAUACCUUUUUGUUGAAUUGGGGGAACGAAUAAUUGGAAAGUGUUAUACAUAGAGCUCAGAAGUGCUGAAGUAGGCUAUAGAAUUAUAUUGGAAUAUGAGCGCGACAGUGUGUAGAGAAAGGAGUUUUUUUUCUUACAAAUGUGUUAAAUAUAGUGUUUGUAGAAAAAGAUAAAAGACUGAUCAUGUUCAGUGCUAUAAUUCUGUGCUCCACACAGUAUUGGCGUUGCCUUCCUGUAAUGUUGGUUUGCAGUAUUACAGUUUACAUUUUACACAGACUGCUAUUAAGAUAAUAAUGGUGCAUUUGAUCCCUUCUUGUAAUUGUGUUAACUGCUUUGUUCAUGAUACAUUGAUACACAAAAUUCAGCAGCAUUCUGGUGCUUGUGUAGCAAACUCAACAUUUUUUCCUCAACGCUCACCGAUUCACAAUCAUUCUGAAUUGAUAUCAUAUUAAUCCUGAUAUUUUGUAAUUUUCAUGUACACAUAAAAAGCCUUGUUUACAUUUUUUUUCUCUAACAAAGGCAUAUUUCAUCCACAUUGUCCAGCAGUAAUGAGAGGUGUAAUUGUUUCAGCCUUUGUGUACCACUUGAAUGGGUUUGGAGGAGUGUUUUUUAGGUGGUAAAUGUAUACAAUUAGCCGUUUAUGAGGGUUGCCUAUUUGCACAAAGUACUGCAGUCAAGGUGCAGUCAAACAGAGAAAGAAGCUAUGGAUGUUUAAGAACCAGCAGCAAUUCUGGAAAGCAGUCAAGUUAAAAGAAAGGUUGAAGAGUUAUUUAGCUCUGUAAAACCUCAUUCAUGGCUUCAUUUAUUUAGAUGAAAGCAUGACAGACAUAGUAGCCUAUUCUUAUAACAAGAAUUCUGUUUCGUGAUGAAGUAUUGUUUAUAGGUUAUGUAAAUAACACAAUUUCAUUUAUUUUGAUAGUCCACGAUACAGUAUAUUUCUUUACUAGCGGUAAGUCUAUAAAAAGUGUAAAAAAAACAUUCAUGUGUUUGCAAAGAAAAAAAAUAACAAAAUGGAAAUCAUGACGUUGAAAUGACACGGUAGAGUUGAGUCAAAAAAGAACAUUUCAACUUGAAGUUGUAGUGCCUGGAUGGAUCUACACAGACACGUCUAGAGAAGAAGACGGCCAUCUUUGCUUCCUGUCAGACACUGGGAAUGAUGUCACUUCCUUUGCAAAAGCAACUGGUAAAGGAAUUUCCAGUAACUGAUGUGAGAAAGGAGAAGCCAGAAGAGCGAGAGAAGUGCAGAGCGAUUUCCUUUUUAAAUCGUUUUUUAUUUCAUUUUUAGACUUUCUACAGCUGAUCUCAGUGCAGUCGUCACACUUGUCUGUUUCUGUGUUUAUAAUCCCAUCAUCACAUAUACAGUAAUGUGCCGGCAUAUUGACCAGAUCAGAACAAAUAUGUCGUGCUGUUGGAAUCAACGCUCUCCAGCACAUGGGCACAUGUGGUUUACCAAAGUGCUCUCACUGCUGCACCACAGUAUUACAAUCUGUUGCAAUACCUGUACCUCUGUUCAACAAUGGUCUAUCAAUAGUAAUGGUAA